AUGACCCGCAGCUGCUCCGCUCUGGGCUGCACCACGCGGGACACCGGGCUGAGCCGGAAGCGGGGCAUCUCCUUCCACCAGUUUCCCAUUGAUGACAUACAGCGUACAAAAUGGAUCCAUGCUGUUAAUCGAGCAGACCCCAAAAGCAAAAAGGUUUGGAUUCCAGGACCUGGUGCCAUAUUGUGUUCCAGACAUUUUGCAGAAGCAGACUUUGAAUCAUAUGGUAUGAGAAGAAAACUAAGGAAAGGAGCUGUACCUUCUGUUUUUCUAUACAAGGAUCCUCUGAGUACAUAUCUUAGAAAUAGAAGAUCCCAGAAAGCAUUAAAGCAGCCACUCUCACAUAAUUCUCCCGAUGAGGAGGUCAUUACUGCAGAUCACAACUAUAGCUUAAAGAAUCCUGCAACGGCUGCUGAGCAACAGACAGAAAUGAAAGAAAUAAUACAGUUGCCUCAAAAGAAACUUGUUGCAGCACGAAGGUGUCUCUCAUACCGACAACGAAAUGUCUUUAGUGUAAUCAAUGAGCUUGCAAAGAAGAAGCUGCUCUCUGAAGAAGCUAUGAGCCUGCUGCAGGCCCAGUUUUCAGAUUUGCAGUGGGAGCCAUACAGCUGGAGACAGAUGACUGAGUACUCCACAGAAAUGAGGCAGUUUGCCUGUACUCUCCACCUCUAUAGUAGUAAAGCCUAUGAUUAUGUAAGAAAGAAUUGUCCCCUGCCUCAUCCUUCCAGCCUGACAAACUGGUUGUCUAAUGAUGAAGGUAGUCCAGGCUUCAGCAACAGUAUUUUCUUUCACCUUCAGCAGAGAGUAGAGCAAGGAGAACAGGCAUACCAGUAUUGCUCACUGAUGAUCGAGGGUAUGGCUCUCAAGAAACAGCUGGAGUGGGACCCUGGGACUCGACGUCUGGUUGGGUUUGUAGACCUAGGUGCAGGAGCACUUGAUGCUGAUGAAGCACCACUGGCCUCAGAAGCUAUAGUCCUAAUGGCAGUAGGUGUUCUUGGUCACUGGAGAGCUCCCCUGGGUUAUUUCUUUGUAAAUGGAACCACUGGCCAUUUACUAGCUCAACUGCUUUAUCAGACCAUCAGCAAGCUGACUAACAUAGGUAUCAGAGUUCUCUCUGUGACAUCUGCAGCCACUGCUCACGGUGUUGAGUUGGCAAAGGCGUUGGGCAUCUGUAUUGAUGCCAACAACAUGCAGUGCACUUUUCAGCAUCCUCACAGUGCCACUCAUCAGAUCACAUAUUUCUUUGAUGCUUGCCAAAUGCUCCAGUUAAUAAGGAACGUGUUUCAGUGCUUUCACAGGAUACAGUCCAUUAAUGAAACAGCACACUGGCAGCACAUAGUGGACCUAGUGACUCUGCAGGAGAAGGAAUUACUGCAUAUUAGUGACAGAUUGUCAGGAAGACCCAGAAAUAGUGAAAGCUGUCACUUGAGGGUGAACUACGCAGCACAGCUGUUCAGUGAGAGUGUUGCUGGCACGCUGGAAUGUCUCCAGUUGUUGGGCCUGUCUUCUUUUCAGAACUGCAGUGGGACCAUCAAAUUUGUGCGCUUGAUGAGCUAUCUGUUUGACAUUUUUCACGGAAGAAGCUGUUACGGAACGGGAUUGAAAGGGCCUGUGUCCUCUGAAAAUUAUGCCAAGAUACAUCGCCUCUUAACGGAGGCUAAAAGUGUCUUUGUUGCAUUAACUGACACUUCGGGGAGACACUUCCUGAAAGGUAAACAUAAAUUAGGAUUUUUAGGUUUUUUGCUUAAUGCUGAGAGCUUAAAAUGGCUUUACACAAACUAUGUAUUUCCAAAGAGCAUGCCCUUCCGCUACCUCCUGACUUACACAUUCAGCCUAGAUCAUCUGGAAUUAUUUCUCAGCACCCUCAGACAAGCAUGUGCUAGCUGCGAUAACCCUACCUGCAUGAUGUUCCAGACUGCUUAUUCUAAACUGCUGACCAAGUAUAAUUUGACACCAGGAUUACAUCAGAAUCUUCUUUUAGGUGACAUGAACACCUUAGAUGUAUCUAUUGUUCGUAGGACAGAUUUGGCCCUUGAUACUAUUCAUUCUCAGUACAAUCGGGGUUGUGUGGCGAUUCCAACAAAGGACUACAUUUACUGUACAGGCCAUAUUUCAUUUAACUCUACACUGAGUUAUGCAUUGACAGAUCUGUCACUAUAUGCAGAAAGCAUCACCUAUACUGCUGCCUGUGUUGCUGAGAAAUUAGCAGCUGCCAUAAGAUGUGAAGCCUGUGUCACUUCUCUCUUCGUGUCAGAUGACAAAAUCCUAAAAUGUGGUUCACUGUUGUGCAUUAAAAAGAUCGGGAGCUGGAGUUUGCCAUCAGAGAGCGUGCAUCAGAUUGUGAGUAUUUCUGAGCAAGUCCUAAAAACGCAUGCAAGAGUGAAAGGCUAUAACCUAAACCUCAAGCAACAGGAUAUGUAUUUAGAACAGAAAAUUUUAUAUGAGUUAUCUGAACAGAGUCACCUUUUCUCGGAGUUAAAUAAUCACCUAUUUGAUGGGGAGUUGUGUGUCACCAAUCACUACACAAUGCUGUUGAGGAACAUAGUGCAAUGUUAUUUAAAUGUCAGAGCUGAACAUGCAAAAAAAUGGGGUUUGGAAUACUGUUCUGGAAGGCAUGGAGCGAAGAAGUUGACUAGGAAACAUCCAUUUUCAUCAUCAUUAAAGACUUAUAAAUCUAUCCAAAUCUUACCUGUGCCAUAAUUUCUUACUAAUUUGUUAAAUGAUGGAUGUUCCCUUGAGUAAUAUUUAGAUAAGGUCUGAUCUAGGCAACACAGGUGUCGGAGAACUGAGAUGGUUGUUUCACUUGACCUCUUGGCAAUACUGUGUCCAGCAGUGGCUAGUAAAGGAGAGUCUUAGGAGGAUUAACUGUACUAGGUUCCAGUCAUGCCUGGGGUUAGAAGUGGAAAAUGAGUUUCUCACCCUAAAUUCUCAUUUAUGCAGAUUGCACA